AUUAAACAACCUGCAGUUCUCCUAUUUUCCUUUUGACCAUUUCUUGCAAUUACUUUAGUCAGAACGUGAAUAAGAGUGAACUUACGAAGUGGAAAAGAAGAAGUUUGAUGGGUUAUAAUUCUAUCACGACUUCAUUUUUCAGUCUUAUGGGAGUCUAUAAAAGUCAUAUGCAAUGAGAAUUAUACACUUUCAAUGGCUUUUCUUGAUACCCUUUUGGCAAAUCUUAUCAGGUAAUGAGAUUUUGUUGGUUUCCUCUCAAUGUCUUGAUGAUCAAAAAUCAUUGUUGCUGCAGUUGAAGGGCAGCCUACAAUAUGACUCUAGUUUGUCAAACAAAUUGGCACGUUGGAACAAGAACACAAGUGACUGUUGCAAAUGGGAUGGGGUGACGUGUGAUAGCUCUGGUCAUGUGAUUAACUUGGAAUUGGAUAAUGAGGCAAUUUCUGGUGGAAUUGAGAAUUCAAGUGCUCUUUUCAGUCUUCUGUAUCUUGAGAAGCUAAAUUUGGCUUACAACAGGUUCAAUGUUGGUAUACCAGUUGGUAUAGACAACUUAACGAACUUGAAGUACCUGAAUUUAUCGGAUGCUGGUUUUGUUGGGCAAAUUCCUAUGACGUUAUCAAGAUUAAGCAGGCUAGUUACUCUUGAUCUCACUACUCUUUACUCUCUUGCCGUUGGAAUCCAGCCACUAAAACUUGAGAAUCCCAAUUUGAGACAUUUCAUUGAGAACUUAACAGAGGUUAGAGAACUUUACCUUGAUGGUGUUGAUCUUUCAGCUCAGGCGAGCGAGUGGUGUCAAUCUUUAUCUUCAUAUUUGCCUAACUUAACAAACUUGAGCUUGCGUGCUUGCCGAAUUUCAGGCCCCAUUGAUGAAUCCCUUUCCAAGCUUCAAUUUCUUUCUGUCAUCCGUCUUGACCAGAAUAAUCUCUCUACCACAGUUCCUGAAUAUUUUGCCAAUUUCACAAACUUGACUACAUUGACCCUCGGUUCUUGUAAUCUGCAGGGAGUAUUUCCUGAAAAGAUCUUUCAGAUACAAGCUCUAGAGACUUUGGCCUUGUCAAAUAAUAAGUUGCUUAGUGGAAGAAUUCCUUCCACAAUAGCGAACCUUACCAAUCUUGUUUAUUUAGAUUUCUCCUCCAACAAUUUCACUGGUUCUAUCCCAUAUUUCCAACGGUCCAAGAAACUCAGCUACUUAGACCUUUCUCAUAAUGGUCUAACUGGUCACUUGUCUUCAGAUCAUUUUGAAGGACUCUCAGAGCUUGUCUACAUAAACAUAGGGAACAACUUGCUCAACGGGAUCCUUCCUGCAUAUAUCUUUGAGCUCCCCUCCUUGCAGCAGCUUUUUCUUAACGGCAAUCAAUUUGUUGGCCAAGUCAAAGAAUUUCGCAAUGCAUCCUCCUCUCUGCUGGAUACUAUUGAUUUGAGCAACAACCAUCUGAAUGGAUCGAUUCCCAAUUCCAUAUUUGGAGUUGAGAGGCUUAAGGUACUCUCCCUUUCGUCCAACUUGUUUAGUGGGAGAAUGUCACUUGAUCUGAUUGGGAGGCUCAGUAACCUUUCAAGACUUGAGCUUUCUUACAAUAACUUGACCAUUGAUACAAGUAGCAGCAAUUUGACCUCGUUCACUUUUCCCCAGUUGAGCAUAUUGAAUCUAGCUUGUUGUCGGUUGCAAAAGUUUCCUGAGCUUAAAAAUUUGCGAAGUUUGGGACAAUUAGACCUUUCAGACAACCAAAUUCAGGGGCCAAUACCAAAUUGGAUUUGGGAAAUUGGUGAUGGAGCACUGUCUCACCUGAAUCUUUCCUGCAAUCAACUGGAGUACUUGGAACAGCCUUACAAUGUUUCUAGCAAUCUUGUAGUCCUUGACUUGCACUCCAACCGGCUAAAGGGUGACCUACCAAUUCCACCUUCUUUUGCUAUAUAUGUGGACUACUCGAAAAAUAAUUUCAGCAGUUCCAUCCCACUCCAUAUUGGAAAUGCACUUUGUCUUGGGUUUUUCUCACUAGCAAAUAAUAGGCUCACUGGAAUAAUUCCUGAAUCCAUAUGCAAUGCCAGCUACCUUCAAGUUCUUGAUUUCUCCAACAAUGCCUUGAGUGGCGCAAUACCACCAUGUCUACUGGAAAAUGUUACAAAUCUUGGAGUGCUGAAUCUAGGGAACAAUAAACUCCAUGGUGUUAUACCAGAUGCAUUUCCAAUUGGUAGCUCUCUACAAACUUUAGACCUGAGUGAGAAUAAGUUACAAGGGAGGCUGCCAAAGUCGCUGAUCAACUGUGACUUGUUGGAGGUCCUGAAUGUCGGAAAUAACAGACUUGUUGAUAGUUUCCCCUCGAUGAUGAAGAACUCAUCCAGUCUUAGAGUCCUAGUCUUGCGCUCUAAUGGAUUUUAUGGAGAUUUUCAGUGCGAUGUGACCAGUCAUUGCUGGAAAAAAAUCCAGAUCAUAGAUAUAGCUUCCAACAAAUUUACUGGUGAAUUGACUGCAGAAUGCUUAUCAAAUUGGAAAGGAAUGAUGGUUCAAGAUGAUUACAUCGAGUCAGGACUCAAUCACAUCCAGUUCAAGUUCCUCCAAUUAAACAACCUAUACUAUCAGGACACAGUGACAAUAACCAACAAAGGGAUGGAGAUGAAGCUUGUGAAAAUUCUCAGAGUCUACACAUCUAUUGAUUUCUCUUCUAAUAGAUUUCAAGGAGUGAUCCCAGAUAUGGUCGGGAAUCUUAGUGCCCUUUAUGUUCUGAACCUGUCACACAAUACCCUUGAGGAACCAAUUCCAAAAUCAAUUGGGAAGCUACAAAUGCUUGGAUCACUAGACCUGUCAUCAAACCAGCUAUCUGGAGAAAUCCCUGUAGAGCUUGCACAUAUCACAUUCCUAGCAUUUCUGAACUUAUCGUUCAACAAAUUGUUUGGCAGGAUCCCCUCGAUCAAUCAAUUUCUCACAUUCUCAGCAGCUUCCUUUGAAGGAAACGAUGGUCUAUGCGGGCUCCCUCUCAAAAAUUGCAAAAGCAAUGACUCAGAGGUGAUACUGCCACCAAUUUCUCUAGAAGACUCAGAUUUUGACUGGAAGUUCAUUUUUGCAGCUGUAGGAUACGCAGUAGGGGCAGCAAAUACUGUUGCACUGCUGUGGUUUUACGAGCCGGUGAAGAUAUGGUUUGACAUACGUAUGGAGAAAUGCUUGCUUUGGUUUUCAACAAUGUGAUCCUUAAACCAAUAAAUGAGGAGUUUAUUUAACUAUGUUGCUGCUUAAGCCUUGCUUUGAUUGCUUUGUUGUAAAUAAACUGCAGAAUAAGCAAAGGCAAGAUCAAUAUGCAUAACCAUGGAAGUGGCAUUUCAUUUAGACUCUAAGGUGCCAAUGUUUCCCUUAAUACAUACACCAUCCAUUUACACUGAUUAAUUAAAAGAGUCAUGUCCCAAUUCUCUCUUGAAUGCUAUGCAUGCAUUUUUUAGUC